AUGAAGUUCGGCGAGCAGCUGCGCUCGAGCGUGAUUCGAGAGUACCAAUGGUACUACAUCGACUACGACGGCCUUAAGGACGACCUCAAAAACGCCUCCGGUCCCGUCCUCGACACCGAACCCGGCCCGUCGUCUGCUAGCAAAGGCAAGGGCAAGAGCAAGAACAAGAACAAGCCUGCCCAGGACCAGAAAACAUGGAGCGAGGAGGACGAGCAGCGCUUCAUCGCGAAGCUUUACAAUGAGCUUGAGAAGGUCUACACCAAGACCAAGGUCAAGCAAUCAGAGAUCCAGCGCCGCAUCGCCGUGUCCGACAAGGAGGUCAAGCAGGUUGUCAGCAAGGUCACCGAGCGUGGAUUAAACGAACAGGGCCCUCCCGAGGAGGAUUUCAUACUGCUCGAGGAUGAUCUGAGUGACAUCAUCGCGGAUGUGCACGACCUGGCGAAGUUUGUCCAGCUCAACUACACGGGCUUCUACAAGAUCAUCAAGAAGCAUGAUAAAAUGACAAAUUGGCAUCUCCGACCUUCCUUUGAUGCCGCCCUCAAGCGCAAGCCGUUCUACAAUGAAGAUUUUGACAGCGAAGUCAUCAGGCUCUCCAAACUGUACGACCUCGUCCGCACUCGGGGCAAUCCUGUCCAGGGCGACAGUGCUGCUGGCGGCAGCCAGGGUAGCUUCGUGCGCCAGACGACCAAAUACUGGGUUCACCCUGAUAAUAUCACUGAGGUCAAGCUCAUUAUCCUCAAGCAUCUGCCCGUCCUUGUCUUCAAUGCCAACAAAGAGUUUGAUGCUGCCGACAGCGCCAUCACAUCCAUCUACUACGACAACACGGAUAAGUGGGAUCUCUAUGAAGGCCGUCUGAAGAAGACCGAAGGAGCCGAGGCCAUCCGUCUACGCUGGUAUGGCGGUAUGCAAUCCGACCAGAUCUUUGUCGAGCGCAAGACACAUCGUGAGGAUUGGACGGGCGAGCAGUCCGUCAAAGCCCGGUUCUCCAUGAAGGAGAAGAAUGUCAACGCCUAUCUGAGAGGUGACCUUCUGCCGCAGGCCAUCUUUGAGAAGGCGCGGAAGGAGGGCAAGAAAUCUGCGAAGCAGCUCGACGAGGACGAGCAGCUGGCGAGAGAGAUCCAGUACUCUGUGCUGAAGAAGCAGUACAAGCCUGUCUGUCGGUCAUUCUACCAUCGCACUGCAUUCCAGCUUCCUGCCGACGCUCGUGUCCGUAUCUCUCUCGACACAGAGCUUACCAUGGUUCGUGAGGACAACUUGGACGGCCGGAAGCGUGCUGGCGACAACUGGAGACGUAUGGAUAUUGGGAUUGACUGGCCGUUCAACCAGCUGCCAGACGAAGACGUGGUCCGGUUCCCGUACGCCGUGCUUGAGGUCAAGCUGCAGACCCAACACGGCCAGGAGCCACCAGAGUGGAUUAGGUCACUUAUCGCCAGCCACCUCGUUGAGGCUGUGCCCAAGUUUUCCAAAUUCAUUCACGGCACAGCCACAAUGUUCCCUACUCGCAUCAAGCUGUUGCCAUACUGGAUGCCUCAAAUGGACGUUGACAUCCGUAAGCCAGUGAGCCACAGCUUCGGUAUCCGGAGACGUGCGGGCAUGUCGUCUGCCAGCGGAACGACGUCCGACGACGACGAGACCGAGGCCGACACGGACCUCGACGAGGAUGACGAGGAGGACGAGGACGAUGACCAGCCACGACGAAACCACACAACGAACGGCCAUGGCAGUGCACGCAACGGCUCUACGCAGGCUGUUACGGACAUGGAAGAGCAGACUACGGGCAGCGCCGUGCCUGUGCUCGAGGAAGACUACCCUCUGUACGACUCGGACAACGAGGACGAGGAUGACGCACUCGAGGAGGCGCGACGCGUGGGUGGCUGGCCUUAUUACUCGGCGCUUGCCGAUAAGUACGCCAAGGUCGCUGGCCGCAAAGUCAUUGCUGGAUUGUCUGCCAUUGCGCCGCACCCGCGAGGAUCAGAAGUCCCUCGCAGCAACCGUGUGCAGAUGUUCUUUGGCAAUCAGGAGGUCUCGAACAAGCGCAUCAAGGCCCCCAAGGGAAAGAAGAUAUACGUGCCUGUCCGGGUCGAGCCCAAGGUCUACUUUGCGGCGGAACGGACCUUUUUAAGUUGGCUCGAGUUCUCCAUCUACGUUGGCACCAUUGCCGUGACAUUGCUCAACUUUGGCACGAAGCCCACGACGGCAUCGCUCGUCAUCUCUGGUGUUUUCACCCUGCUGGCGAUCUCGGCUCUGUGUUAUUCUGUCGGAAUCUAUCUUUACCGGAGCCGAGCUAUCCGGGAGCGUAGGGUUGUCAAGUUCUACGACAGAUAUGGCACGACUGCUCUCUGCCUGGCUGUGGUCUGUGGUAUUGUGCUAAACUUUGCAUUUGAGGGUCGGGAGCGUAAUCUGUGGUAA